AUGGCCUCGAAGACUAUUGUCAUUAUUGGCGCUUCGUUCGCAGGCAUCCCGACUGCGCACGCACUGCUCAAAGAUGUCCCUUCAACCAAAGUGAUCUUGAUCAAUCCAUCCAAAAAGUUCUUCUUCAAUAUCGCAGCGCCGCGUAUAAUAGCCCGGCCAAAGGCGUUCCGUCCAGAGCAGUACCUUUUGUCGAUCGAAAAGCAGUUCUCUCACUAUUCGCAGGAUGCAUUUGAAUUUGUCCUUGGGCUUGCGACAUCAAUCAACAUAGACACGAAAACCGUGACUGUGAAUAACGAAAGGGUAAUCACGUUCGACUAUCUUGUUAUUGCUACCGGGAGCACGACGCAUUCCAUGACCGAUACGAACAGCAUACCCAUUCCAUUCAAACAGCCAGCGUCCGACGAUACACAAGUCUUGAUCGAAAAGGCACAGGACCAUAUCAGCCGAGCCAACAGGGUCAUUAUCGGGGGUGCCGGGCCAAUUGGGGUUGAAGUAGCAGGCGAAAUUGCAGAGGCUGCUGAAGAACGCGGAGCACAUGUUACUGUCACCCUCAUCUCUGCAACUGACCGAGUUCUGUCGAUGUUGAAACCCCGUGCUAGUGAGGUUGCGGAGCAACAACUCAGACACAAGAAUGUGGAAAUCAUCCGAUCUGCAAGGGUCACUAGCGUUUCUCAAUCAGUAGAUUCUUCGACCUGGACUGUGACGUUACACAAUGGCGAGACUUUGCAAGCUGAUGCCUACAUUCCUACAACUGGAGUGGUACCAAAUAACAGCUUCAUCCCACAAGAGCUCCUUGAUAUGCAAGGCUGGGUCAAGGUUGACGCAGAGCUGCGCGUGCAGGGCAGGAACGGCAAGAAGCUGCCAAUAUUUGCUGCAGGAGACAUCACUCAUAAUUCCAUGCGACUUUCUUUCAAAGCAGCAGAGCAAGCUGCUAUUGUGGCUGCAAACCUGAAAGCCGAGGUCUGCCAGAAGGGCCAGAAGCGCAUGUACGACCAAGGAAGCAACAUGAUGAUGAUUGUUCCUAUCGGCGCGUCUGGCGGGUCGGGGCAGAUCUUUGGAUGGACCCCUUGGAACAUGUUGGUCAAAUUCAUCAAGUCAAAGGAUUUUUUUAUAGCCCGGGCCGAGUCGAUGAUUGCGGCAAAGUGA